AUGGCGGACAAUAGGAAAGACCAUGAACUUCAUCGACAGCCGAAACAGUUUGUUUUGUGCUUUGAUGGCACCGGGAACAAAUUCGCCGGUGAUACGUCGGAUACUAACCUCGUGAAAAUCUAUCGUAUGCUCGAUCGCAGCCAAUCCCACCAGUACCACUACUACCAACCGGGAAUCGGCACAUACCUCACCUCACACUCACUUGGGAGCAAAGGGAGACUGAACCGCGUCAAAUCGUCGUACAAGAAAGCAAAAGAUGCCGCGUUGGGUUCUUCCUUCGAUGAGCAUGUCCUGGGCGGUUACAAGUUUCUCAUGAGAUACUAUUCACCCGGCGACAACAUAUUUUUCUUUGGAUUUAGCCGGGGGUCCUACACGGCGCGCUUUCUGUCCGAGAUGCUUGAUUUCGUCGGUCUCCUCCAACCUGGAAAUGAGGAGCUGAUUCGUUUCGCGUGGAAGACAUUCGCAAAAUGGCAACAGCGGAAGGACUCCACGGAGAAGGAUAAAGAGGAAAGACGCAGACUUUUCGCUUUCAUGCAGGCCUUUCGUGAGACCUUUAGUCGGCCUGUUAGUCGAAUUAAGUUUCUGGGUUUGUUUGAUACUGUUAAUAGUGUGCCUAUAUUUGAAAAUGCGUGGUUGGAACGGAGCAAGUUCCCAUAUACGGCGCAGACAACUGCGCGGGUUAUUCGACAUGCUGUCUCGAUUGAUGAGCGUAGAGCCAAGUUUCGACAGGACUUGAUUUCUGAGGUGAAGCCUAUUGCCCAUGAACCGAAGCAUCCGCAUCGACUGAGGCAUUUUCUUUCUCGGGAUGAUCAACAGGAGAAAACAGAAGUGCCUGAAAUUGUACUCAAUGCCACCGAGGAAGAGCGAAGUACAAGAGGCCAGGUGGUUCCUCGUGCGGAGGAAAGAUACCGCGCACCCACACCCUCGCCCAAUCGACGACAUAGCACGGAAUUUCCCAGGAACAAUGCUCUAUUGUCCGACAGGGUCUCACUCAAGAGUACUAUUUCUCGGCAACCACUUCACGUCCCAUAUUUGAAUGAGCCCGAACACGAAGGAGAGGAAUAUGGGGACGGACAAGACAUUUCAGAGGUAUGGUUUUCAGGACAACAUGGCGAUGUUGGAGGGGGUUGGAAACUCAACCCUCAAGACAAUUGGCCAUUGAGCCACCUACCUCUUGUGUGGAUGGUAAAAGAAGCCCAGCUCGUUGGGCUGGAGUUCGAUCCCGAGAAACUCAGGCGUUUCAACUGCUUCGAAGACGAUAAGGGAGAUGGGCCAAUUUACUUUCACGGGAACAUUUUACCAACUAGCACCCCGGAGACUCAAAGUGGCCCCUUCAGUCAUCGAAACCACUCAGAUCCAUUCCAAGAAAUCGUAACCCGCACCAUGGAUCAAGGGAUUGUGCACGACUGUCUCACAUAUGGGGGUGGACUGUCAUUCCUUUCCACAUUGUCUUGGAGGCUAAUGGAAUAUCUGCCAUUCCGAAGAAUGGAUCUGCAGCCAGACGGGUCUUGGAAACCGAUUAGCUGGCCCCUUCCUCGUGGUGAAGUGCGCGAUAUUCCAGAUAAUGCCCAAAUUCACGUCUCUGCCAUCCAUCGUCUGAGGACUGAUCACAAUUAUCGACCUGGAAAUCUUAUAAUUGGCGGUGGUGGACGGGGUUUCAAGCGGGCGCCCGAGAGAUAUGGGAUUGGAGAGUGGGAAAUUUGUAACCAUAAGGGAGACCUUGUCCGAGAGACUUAUAUUCGAAAGAAGCCAGAGACUGCUUGCAUAGGUGGGACUGUAUAG